AUGCUUGAAGGCCCUGAUGGAGAGCACAUCCCACAAGUCAAACCUGUGACCCACACCCUGCAUCACGUGUGUCAAUGGCAUCCUGAAGGCUCUGAGAUGACCUCUUCCCAGGAGGGUGUCUCCAAAAGCAGGACCGAGCUGGCUGCAGUCCAAAGCCUUGAUGCAAAUACCCAGAUGCCUGAAGUUGAGCUACGGGAUAUGAGUAUCCAGGUGCCUGAAGUUGAGCUACGGGACAUGAGUAUCCAGGUGCCUGAAGUUGAGCUACAGGACAUGAGUACCCAGAUGCCUGAUGUUAUGGUUGAUGAUGCUACUACCCAGGUGCCUGAGGUUAAGUACCAUGGAAAUCAGACUGUCCCAACCAGUUCAUGAAAUUGUGGUGUUUCCUAUCCAGGAGUGAAAGCUAGGCAGGGGAUCACAUGUGAAUCUCUAAAAAAGUUGUCUUUCUGGUCUUCUGCCCUAGAAGCUGAAGGAAGAAUGUGUGGGUUGUCUUUUUCAC